AUGUCUCUUGAGCCUGAAGAACAGGCUCAGUUCGACAAGGCUACUUCACAGUACCUUGCCACUGGUGUCCUCGGCACUUUCGUCGAGGGGUGCUCUUAUUGUGUCUCCAGCGCUCUCAUCUACUUAACCAAGGCCCUCGUUGGCGCCGUGCUUAUCGUCAAAGGCACGUAA